AUGAGGGCCCCCCAGCUGGAGCACUUGAGGAUUGAGUCCUCGGCGCCGGUAUUGGCCAAGAUACAGAAAGACCUCACCGUUCGAGAUGCACUGAGGGCAUUCCUACAAAGAAGUUCGCAGAUCUCGAAAGCUCUGCUAUGGGGUUUACCUCUAUGCGACAUUGAAGAAGAUUAUCCAUCGAUCGAGAUGCCUCUUUUGACUCAACUAGAGGUCUAUGCCAAUUCUCCGUAUUCCCUCUCCCUUUUCCGUCCCGGCGACCGACCCAUCGAGUUGUCAAUCACCAUCGGAGAGGACCCUCCUCUAGAAAAGAGACCUGUGCCUUCCGGGGCCAUCACUCGGACGUUCUUUGAGAGCGCCGAAGCCCUUACCUUUCACAUAUCUGACCGAUUCAAUCAUUUUCAACCCUUCGCCAUCUCCAUCCAUCUAUUCUCUCAUCUCCGCGUACUUUCAAUAUGCGGAUUCGCGCAACAUAUCAAGCACGUGGAUAAAAUUCUCGAAAUCCUCCAUCACGACCAGGGAUGCCCGGUUCUGGAAGAACUACGAAUAGCAAAGUAUCCGAAUUGGGAUGCUCUGCUCGGAUUUAUUUCCUCUCGCAACUCACCUACCUCCAACCGUAUACACUCUGGUGCAGCUCCAUUCCGAGCCGUUGGCCUGCCUCGACAACCUCAUCCGACUAUUCAUUAUGCAAUACAAAGAGCUCUCGCCGGUGGGACUCAAGUCGCAUUGGAAUCUUGGAUUAUCCCACCUGAUAUAAAGUCGAAGGCUGUCGACCUACGUCACCACCUCUCCGACCUCGCCAAAGCACGGAAACCAGCUCCCAUCAAGGAAGUAUUCAAGUACUAUGGCAAACCUGGAGUUCUUGCUAUGGCAGGAGGUAUUCCCCAUCCCCAGUAUUUCCCAUUCUGUACCCUCGAGUCUGCACUCCUGUCUCCAGAUGCGUUUACGAGUAUAGAAGAAAAUGGAACAUCCACUCUCGACCUAUCCAUCAAAGCAGGCUCAAACGACGCCGAGCGUGCGCACGACAAACUCGUCGUGCAAAAGUGGCCUGAACAUCCAGGCGAGGAGAUCAAUCUUGCCCGUGCACUACAAUACGACAUGGCAAAGGGGUUGCCAAAUCUCCAAGCCUUCAUAUACGAUUACACUGCAAGAUUCUUUCGACCCGCUUACGCAGACUUUAGUGUCUUGGUUCACACGGGAAAUACAGAUGGAUGGUCGCGCAUUCUUAUGACACUUCUCAAUCCGGGAGAUGGCUUAUUGAUGGAGGAAUGGACCUACACUGCAGCCAUCUCUGCUGCUCACCCCUUUGGCAUCCGCAUCGUCACGAUCCCUUUGGACAGUCAAGGGUUCAGGCCAGAUGCACUCGAAAAGGUAUUAAGUGAAUGGAAUGAAGAGGAAAGGGGAUUCAAACGUCCACGCUUAUUGUACACCAACCCUAUUGGUCAAAAUCCAUGCGGUAUUCAAGUUGGACUUGAACGCAAGAAGCAGAUUUACGAAAUUGCGGUGAAAUAUGACCUUGUCAUCUGUGAAGAUGACCCCUACUAUUACCUUCAGGAAGGCGAGUCAGCUCCCAAACAGUCCCAAGAGGAUGGAGUGGACGGCUUCAUCCGAGAGCUUGUGCCGAGCUAUUUGAGCAUUGACUACCAAGGACGAGUGAUUCGUCUUGAUACAUUUUCCAAGGACUUUGCGAAUGGCGUGGUGUUUGAUAUGCAGACACUUGGACCGGGUCUACGUCUUGGAUGGUUCACCUGUAAUCCCCUCUUCGCUGAACGCUUGGAGCGUCAUGGCGAACUCUCGACGCAAGCACCCGCCGGCCUCAGUCAAGCACUCGUCACACAGCUCCUUGUGCACCAGUGGGGUAUCGACGGAUACGUACGCUGGCUACGUGGACUUAGGACCCAAUACACCGCACGCAGAGAUGCACUCGUUGACGCGCUCUUCGAAGAGUUUGAGAAGGAAGGCAUUACAUUCGAUAUAGUCGACGGGACAGGGAAUUUUGAAGGCAAUAAAAUGUUCAAGGCGGAUGUACCAGAGACCUCGUCAGCAAGUAAUCCGAGUGGAAAGGACAAGGGGAUUCAAGUGAGCUUUGUACCACCUACAUCAGGGAUGUUCCUCUGGGUUCAAGUUCACUUUACAAGCACAGCGAAUCCAAUUGCCGUGAGUGGCUUCGAUAACCAUGCUGCGACGCAUGAAGGCAAGCUAUGGUCACGUCUCGCGGACGAGGGCCUCUUGGUUCUCCCUGGAUGGAUGUUCCGUGGUGGCAAGGAACAUCAACACUCAGACGAUCCAAAUGAAGUAGGCUAUUACCGUAUUAGCUUCAGCGAUCCAACGAGAGAGGACAUGAAGAAGGCUAUGAACGUGUUUGCUCGUAUGCUCAAGAGCUAUAGCUCCACAAUGGCGCAUUUCGAAUAA